AGAGCUGCUGGAAGGAAAAUUCAGUACGUGAAGCAAGAGGAGAGGAAAAUAAUCUGAAAGCCAUGAGGAGCAGAGAGAAUCUGAAUCUUUGGAAAACCAGUGGCCAAACACCGUGGUUUUAAUGGCAAACGUUCAGGAAGAGGCUGGCUGAGCUACCCAGAGAAAAAUACACACAAUGGGCAAAAAUAGUUUCCUGCACUGUUAGAUUAGACUAGGUUUUGAGAGUUUAGACCAACGACCGACAGCAGUAUGGCACUUUUCCCGUUCUGCAAGUCUCCUGCAGGCCCAGUCAGAAUGAACAGAAUACAGCUCCUCCUGUGCUGUUUUCUACUGUCUCUUAUCAUAUACUUCUUUAAUGGACGUAAAGCUGCUGCCAGUUUGGAGUCAGCCCAUCCCUUGUCUCAGGUGUUGGGAAUGAAGGAUGGAAUGAUACUGAAAGACAUGUCUUCAAUGAAGACAGUGGACUCAAAAACUCCACAGGAGACAUCAUGGGGAGCCCCUAUGGUUUGGGGUGACAGCCACAAUUCGGUGUGGCGCAGGGCGAAACUCUCAGAACGAGGAAUUCGCGUAGGCCUGUUGACCCUUGUGGUCGGGACUUACGCCCGGUUUGUCCGUCGUUUCCUCUACUCAGCUGAAAACCACUUUCUCCCUGGUCAGAUGGUCACAUAUUACAUUCUUACAGACAACCCCCGCACUCUGGAUCCUCCGGUCGAGCUGGGCCCUGGACGGCAGAUGAAGGUGCUUCUGGCUGCGGAGCUGCCUGGCUGGGACAGGUUGGCUUACCGUCGCAUGGUGCUGUUUGCUGAAGCCCUCUGGGGCUCCAUUGGCAAAGAGGUCAACUACAUCUUCUGCGCUGACAUUGACCAGGAGUUUGUGGGCCCAGUGGGGGAAGAAAUCCUUGGGGAUCUGGUGGCUACGCUACACCCAGAGUUCUUUGAAAUGCCACGAAACAAUUUCCCUUACGAAGACCAAGAAGAGUCAUCCGCUUGCGUGGAGGAGGACGAGGGAGACUACUACUACACAUCAGAGUUUUAUGGCGGGGUGGUUUCUCAAAUGCGCAGGCUUGUUCGGGAGUGUUCUUUGCUUAUACUUCAGGACGAGGCGAACAAAGUGAUGGCCAAAGGACUGGAGGAAAGCUACUUAAACCGCUACCUGAUCGACCACAGGCCCACAUGUGUACUCUCGCCAGAGUACAGCUGGUGGGAUUCACCCCUUACCGCCCAUGUGCCUAAAAAGAGGCUGGUCUCAUUGGGAAGGCAGUGUGAGGCUUAUGAUAUAGAGAAGAGAGAGCUACAGAGGUGCUGAAUUUUUAAGAAAGGAAGGACAAGAGAGUUCUGCAAUUUACACUCAUUUAUGUACGCAGUGGUGUGCAAAGUGUUCAUGACCUUUGCAAGUUUUCAAAUCAAAACAAACCCCAGUGUGUUUUAUUGAUCCCCAUGGGGGAAUUGCAAAGAGGUUUGAUCUAAACCAUCAUCCAUCAUCUUUGACAAGCUACCCUUUCUCUCAUAAAGAAAAGCAUCCCCACACCAUAAUUCUGCCUCCACCAUGUUUCAGUGGUGCACCCAAGCUGCACUCCAAUGUUAGUUAUCCAUUAUAUGUGGUGUUUUGCACCCUUUUCCAGGUAACUUUUCCCGGCACAGUUGGUGACAAACUGCAAAUGGGAUUACUUCAGCACUCGAGACUUCCUCUUGCUUCUCUUCCACGAAGGAGUAGAUAACUAACAGUUGUCCUGUCAACAGACACUCCUGCCUAAGCUGUUAAUCUGCACAGUCUCCACGGCUGCUUCUCCUAUUGAUGCUGUCAGGCGUAUCAGUUAGAAAUCUCCUAAACUUUAUCACUGACCUGUCUUUUGUUUUUCUUGGUCUUCGUGAUGUUGUUUACUCACUGAUUUAUCACCAAGGUCUCCACCAAACAGCUGGACUUAUACUGAAAUUAAAUUACGCUACAUUUGUGGUUGUAAUUUGAGCUAAAAUGUGAAUGACGGUACUUUUGCAAGGCACUGUAUCUCAUGCCAUUUCAUGAAGGUGGAAUACGUGGCGUCUCACAAGAUAACUGAUAAAAAUCAAUGUAAUGAGAAUGCAAAUAUUAAUAAAAUCUCCAUAAAAGAUUCUGAUUUUUUUUUAUUUUUUUUAUGGUCUGUUCUGUGAGAUAACAAAUGGAGCAAGCAGUCGUGCUCAAGCUAGCUGCACAAACCUGCACCUUUGCAUGCACACUCUCUCUUCCCCCAGCAGACAAAGAGAAGCUGACCUGUCUCUGUAAACAAAGCACUGUCCUCUCCAUUAAUGUCAGCCUCAGAGAUACUGCUCCAGUGGCUUUGUGGUCGGCAGUGAUAAGAGGCAACAGUAAGUGCACUCUUUCCCCACAGUGGCCAAUCAUUAACUGAAAGAGCCGCUGUCCCAAGGUCUUUAAAGACCAGGUGGGUGAAAAUAGACUCAAAUUGGGAGUUGUUUUUCCAUGUUUUCCACGUGGAAAGAAUUUGGGGUUUUGACAAGAAUCUGUGCAACAUGUACAGAAUAUUUAUGUAUAUCAUCUGUUUUAUAUAUACAUAUAAAAGCUGUACUUGACUAAC